GCCCCAGCGAGCGAUGGAGGCGCUAAGUGCAAUGAAGAGAGCCGUCGGCAAACGGUGGAGCCCCGGCGACAGGUUGCUGAUCGUUGUUGGAGACAAUGCCAAUAACGCUUCAUGCGACGAUGGUGGGAAUAGAAAAGCUGUAGGCGUUCUUUUCCGUUCCUUAUGGAAAAUCGACAUCCUUGAAGCAUUAGUGAUGCCUUUCGAAGGAUGCAUCUACGUCUACAAUCCCUUUACAGAAGAAAUGAUUUUGACGCCGCAGCACUGGAACCAUCGUGACUUUGACGAGUACUUCAUAUCUGUAACUAGAGAUGUACAUGGAUAUCCAGUGCGGGUUCCUGUGCUCUACACUCCACCAUAUUCAGUGAAUAGAAGCGAGUGCAAAUACAUUAAAUGUUGUCGAGGGCCCGAG